AUGGAUAACACAGAUUUAAAAAAUUUAAUUGCUGAUUUAGUACUUAAUCAAAAAUUUCUUAGUUAUUAUGAAUUAAAAUCAUAUCUCCAAAAAUAUAAUAAUAAUAUAACGGGUGAUGAUAUGGAAUAUUAUUAUCCAUAUUAUAAAAAUGAAAUUUUGAAAUAUCAUAAUAAAAUAAUUUCUGAAAUUAAAGACAAAAUUAAAAAUAAUGAAUAUUCAAAGGGAAAAACUAAAUCACAGCUUAAACAGUUGAAAGAUUUCAAAAAUAAAGUAUUAACAGAAGAAGAUAUUGAUGAAUUAUAUAAAUUAUAUAAUCCUGAGCCGCAAAAACCAAAGGAACAAAAACAAAAGGUGCAAAACGCCCAGGUCAUUCAGACCAUAAAUGAAGCACAAGCUUUAAUUUAUGAUUCAUUAGUUAAACCAUAUUCAGCCCGACUUUUAAAUGAAGAUCAACUUUUGGAAUUCAUCCUUCAACAUAAACUCGAAGCGGGAAAGUAUAUCAAACCUUUAUAUACAGCAUAUUUAAAACAAAUGAAUAGAAUACAUCCAGAAUUAAUGAAGGAAGGAAUGAAAUCCAAAAUCAAAGCAGAUAAAAUUAAACCACUUGCAACACCAAAACCUCUAACGACAGUACCUCCUCCUCCUUCAGUUAAUCCUUCAUCAUUCACUUUAUUAUAUCCAUUUCAAACAUUAAAGAAGCAAAAAGAUUUUAAAAAGGAUUUCAAGAUAUUAAAUAAACCAAUUGACCCAAAAAUUCAACCGUUAAAGGAAAAAUUUAGUCGCCCUUCAUUUGCUCCAUAUCCAUAUUCAUACGAAAUCGAUCAUCUGGAAUAUUCAAAAGGAAAAGUUACUUAUUUAUUUGCCAUUAACAUUAACACUAGAUAUUUAUAUUGCAUUCCGGUGAAAGGGAAAACAGAACAGGAAACAAGAAGAGCUAUUCAAUACUUACUAGAUCAUGAAAGAGUAGAUAAUAUCAGGGGUGAUGGUGAUAAAGGAUUUCAGGCAGCUAUGACUCAUUAUUUCCCACAAAUUAAUUUUUUCUUUUCAUCCUCUCCAUAUACGUUUCAUAAUAAAAUAG